GGUAAUGCAAAAGCAGAUAUAUGUGAUACCACGAUAGAAAUGGCAAAAGGAAGUUAUCAUAAGAAUAUUCCUGAGGAAGAUGAUCGCAACUUCAAGGUGCAGUCUGCAACCACAAAUGGUGCAGCAAACAGUAAUGUGACUUAUGAUACAACCGUCCAAAGCAAUUCGUCUGCUGUUGCCUCGCCCAGUGCAGAAAUUCCUGGUAUUGGCAUGAUCUAUGAAGUGGAUGGUGUAGAAUACCAGAUUCUGCCAGAACAUGGCCUCUGUGCGAGGGCCCUCUACGACUACCAGGCUGCUGAUGACAGUGAGAUAACCUUCGACCCAUCUGAAAUUAUCACCAACAUCGACCAGAUUGACGAGGGAUGGUGGCAAGGCAUUGGUCCUGAUGGGAUGUUCGGUCUUUUCCCGGCCAAUUACGUAGAGCUAAUCAACCAGCCGCCAGUUUGAGCUUCAGCCUGGGGUCCUAUUUCUGUAUUCUAGAGGAAAGGUUUAGAGAGUGUGGUUCCUGGACUCUCGUAUUCAUGGAUGCACUCCAGUAUGUGUUGGUUGGUUUGGAAGGAACUUUCUGUAUUGAUAGUGGUACUUACUGUCAAAAGUUGUAAAUUUUAUCCAGUUAGAUAGUCUUUUGGAUCAGUAUUUAUGCAAGUAUUUUCAGAAUGAAAUUACAGAGGUAUACAAUGAGAUUGUAUUUGAUAGAUUUGUAAUCUCGGAUUAGGAUUCAUUCUACAUACCUACAUGCAAAUGCUUCCAGACAUACAACUACACCCACACCUACUCCUGUACUCGCACUCACACUCACACUCACACUCUCACUCUCACUCUCACUCUCACUCUCACUCUCACUCUCACUCUCACUCUCACUCUCACUCUCACUCUCUCUCUCUCUCUCUCUCUCUCUCUCUCUCUCUCUCUCUCUCUCUCACACACACACACACACACACACACACACACACACACACACACACACACACACACACACACACACACACACACACACACACACACACACACUUAAAUCUACACCUACCCUUACACCUACACCCACAUCUAUACUUUUACCCAUUCCUGUUCUUAUUGGCCAUUCCUACCCCCAUUCUUACCCCCCCCCCCCCACUCCCCACCUGUAAUUGGAUUGGCAUCUGUUUGAUUUGAUAUGCAAAAAGAUAUAAACACAUAUAUACUAAAAUAGUUCAUAGACACAUACAAACAGAUGUUCUCAUGCUAAUUUACAAAUAUGCCCCCAAAUACACUCUUACAACUCAGAAUUGUAAAAAGAAAAAAAAAAAAAAAAAAAAUUCUUAACCAGAAGCAAGAUGCAGUGGAUAGAAGUUUCCGAAAGUCUUUCCCUUCUCGAAUAUUUAUGGAUUCCUUAAAAUUGUUAAAGAGGUUGAAAAGAGGAAAGGUAGUCUUGGAGAGUAUAAGCACUAUAUAAGUAUGGCGUAGGUACGUUAUACUAUUUUUAUACCUGAAAGGAGACUUUGUAUUUUGGAGUUUGAGAAGGAAGAAGGUCUCUUGUCAACGUACUUAAUAUAUCUGUUUGAAAGAUUUUCUUUGCUUCCAUUUUUUUUUAAAUUUUAAGUUAUUGUUCUGUCUGUUGCACCCUCUCCCUCUCAGAAAUUAAGUCGUACCCCUUUUGUGUUUAUUUUAUUAUUAUUAUUAUUAUUAUUAUUAUUAUUAUUAUUAUUAUUAUUUAUUAUUAUUAUUUAUUAUUUAUUAUUAUUAUUAUUAUUAUUAUUAUUAUUAUUAUUAUUAUUAUUAUUAUUAUUAUUAUUAUUAUUAUUAUUAUUAUUAUUUAUAUUGCUAUUGCUAUUGCUAUUGUUUUUAUUAUUAUUGUUCAUUAUCCAUUAUCCAUUACUUAUUCAUUAAUAUCCAUUAUUCAUUAUUGUCAUUAUUAUUUUCUUUUGGUGUGAGUACAAUUCUUCUGUGUUCUGUGACUUGCUAGCAUUAACUUAUUUGUAAUUACAGGAUGUUAUUGCCAUAUAUAUGUGUAUACACGUUUUUAACAUAAAACGCACUGUAUGAAAUGCAUAAUUUGGCAUAAAAAGGAGACUAGGAAAGCUAAAGCCUUGCUUCUGUUAAUUGUUAUUUGAUAGUAAGUACUGCUGACAUAUGUCUUCCUAUCUGGUUAUCAGUAAUACAUGUAGGUAAAAGGAAAUUAUGAUAUAAAGAUCUUUAGUUUGGAAUACAUUACGUUCCCAUUUCAAAAGCAAUUAACUAGGGCCCAGUUAACUAGAAAUUUGCCUUAAUUUUUAAUAAAACCAUCUUGUGGGUUGUGGAUGAUGGUGCCUCAUUGCAGUGUGUUGGAAAAAUGUAUUCAGAUUUUUUAUUCUUUAGUCUUGAGUUUGAGUUUAUAUUUAUAGCUGGUUAAAUUAAAGAAGAUUAAAGAAUAUUAACAAAAAAGAAAACCUAAAACUAUAUUGAAAGGUAAACAUGCCAAUGAAAAGAUCAGUAGAGAAUUUCCUGUACUGAUUUGCCUGCAAUAUAUUGAAGAGUUCCUUUGUGAAAAUUGAUUCCACUAGUUAACAGUUAUAAUAAUAGGUCAGUAAUAAUGUGUAAAAGACUUCAUGGAAAUUUAUGGUUGUUGACGUGUGACAUUGUUCUUGGCUGAAGCUGUUCAAAGCUUAUUGCAGGGAAUGUGUUGAAUAUUGCUAAGUUGUGUUGUAAUUCUGUAUAUUUUAACAGAUUGUUGAUGUUAUGUGCUACAAUCUUAAGUUUUGAACUGUACCUUCUAUGUCAUAUUUUAAUUUUGCUGUCAAGUAAUGUCUGGGUUUGAAAUUCAGAAUUGCUCUCAAGGCAGUUGCAGUGUUAAUAUGGGUUGCUUGAAUGUUAUCAUCGGUAGCCAACAAAUUCCAUGUUACAUGUUUGAUUUAAUUUCUCUCUUUUGCCUUCGAAAAAGGAAAAUUUGAAUUCCUUUUCUAAUCAGUUAGCCCAGUGAAAGAAACCCUUAUUAACAAUGCAGUGUUUCAAAUACUGGAUUUCCACACAUUUCCAAAGUGUUCUGGCGUUUUCGCACUUCAAGCCUUGGUAGGUGACACGGUGAUUGCUAGGUUGUACGUACUGUGACCUUUCCAGGUGAUUCAGGUGCUUUUAUUUCAGUCUUGUUUUUAAAAUCUUUUAGGCCAUGGUAUCAUAGUCACCAGGGUUGAUUACGUUUUAUUUUUCAUUUUAUAUAUUUUUUUCCGUUUGUUUCUGCAUUUUUAGAGGAGAAAAAGAUGUGCAUUUUUGUAUAAGGAUUUGAUAUUAAAAUCAUAUAUGUAAAAGAGCAAUUAGUUAUAUAGUAUUAUUUAAAUGCAGUAUUUGCAAAGAAAAUGGGUAUCUGAAUUAUCAAUUAGUUUCACUGUUAAACCACAUGGCACACUAAUAAACAUAAUAUUUCUUGCAGUAACUAAUAAACUGUAGCAAAUCCAGUGUUAGAAGAGGGGAUGCUUCUCCAAGUGUCAUGCAGCUUCAUAAAAAAAAGGAAAAUAAUAUAUUGCCUUGCAUGCCCAAUAAGGGAAGCCAAACAGCACUGGAACUUAUAAGUAAUGAAGCCUAGUUAGGAGAUCCUGCAAUUUGAACAUUGAUAUUAGUGUUUUGUAUGUUAAACCUAUAAUUGUUAUUUUCCAAAAAUAAAAAUUUGUGAUGAUU